AUGGCGGACGAGGAGACGCCACUCCUCCAGCCCCGGAGCGGGGGCCGCGGCGGCACCAGCUGCGUCGCGGCCGGCGCCUCCAAGAGCCCUGAGCCGCCUCUCAAGCGCCAGCGGCGGGACAACAUAUUUCUUAGUGAUGAAAUUAUUGCAAAUGGUUUCCAUUCCUGUGAGAGUGAUGAAGAUGACAGAGCCUCUCAUGCAAGCUCUAGCGACUGGACUCCAAGGCCACGUAUAGGGCCCUACACUUUUGUUCAACAACAUCUCAUGAUAGGCACAGAUCCACGUGCGAUUCUGAAAGACUUGUUGCCAGAAACUAUUCCUCCCCCUGAACUGGAUGAUAUGACACUGUGGCAAAUAGUUAUAAACAUUCUGUCUGAACCACCUAAAAGAAAAAAGCGGAAGGAUAUUAAUACUAUAGAGGAUGCUGUGAAACUCCUGCAAGAAUGCAAAAAAAUUAUUGUUUUAACUGGAGCUGGGGUAUCUGUUUCUUGUGGAAUUCCUGACUUCCGAUCUAGAGAUGGUAUCUACGCACGCCUUGCAGUGGAUUUCCCAGAUCUUCCGGAUCCUCAAGCCAUGUUUGACAUUGAAUAUUUCCGAAAAGACCCAAGGCCAUUUUUUAAGUUUGCAAAGGAAAUAUAUCCUGGACAGUUUCAACCAUCUCUCUGUCAUAAAUUUAUAGCGCUGAUGGACAAAGAAAGAAAACUGCUUCGCAAUUAUACUCAGAAUAUAGAUACACUGGAACAAGUUGCAGGAAUUCAAAGGAUAAUCCAAUGUCACGGUUCCUUUGCAACAGCUUCAUGCCUAAUCUGUAAAUACAAGGUUGAUUGUGAAGUUGUUCGUGAAGACAUUUUUAAUCAGGUUGUUCCUAGGUGCCCCAGGUGUCCACCUGACGAACCCCUUGCCAUCAUGAAGCCAGAAAUAGUAUUCUUUGGUGAAAAUCUACCUGAGCAGUUUCAUAGGGCCAUGAAAUAUGACAAAGACGAAGUUGAUCUUCUUAUUGUUAUUGGGUCGUCUCUCAAAGUAAGACCAGUAGCAUUGAUUCCAAGUUCCAUCCCCCAUGAAGUGCCUCAGAUUCUAAUUAAUAGGGAACCGUUGCCUCAUCUACACUUUGAUGUGGAGCUUCUUGGUGACUGUGAUGUGAUUAUAAAUGAAUUAUGUCAUAGGCUGGGUGGCGAAUACACAAAACUUUGUAACAGCUUGGUCAAACUUUCAGAAAUAACAGAGAAACCUCCACGAGUGCACAAGGAACUUGAAAUACACUCUGCUGAGUUACCACCAACUCCUCUAAACAUUUCUGAAUAUUCUAGUUCACCUGACAGAAUGGUGCCACAAGAUUCUCGGGUGGUACACUCAGAGCCUUCUUUUGAAUAUAAAGCAGGAAAUUCUGAUGCUGCCUUGGUGUCUAAAGAGAACUGUCUAGAAGGGAAAGAACAUGACAUUCAAAAUUCUCUAGAAAAUGCAGAAGGUCUUACUGACCAGUUAGAAAACCCAGAACAUGUAAAAGAAAAUGGAUCUAACCAAGGUGAAAACAAAGAAAGAAUUUUAUCUGUUGAAACACUGAGAAAAAGUUGGAUCAACCGAUGUGCAAAAGAGCAGAUUAGCAAGCGACUUGAUGGUACUCAAUACUUGUUUUUACCCCCAAAUCGCUAUAUCUUCCAUGGUGCUGAGGUAUACUCAGACUCUGAAGAUGAUGUCAUAUCCUCCAGCUCUUGUGGAAGCAGCAGCGAUAGUGGGUCCUGUCAUAGUCCAAGCUUAGACAUAGAAGAUGAAAGUGAAAUUGAAGAAUUCUAUAAUGGCAUAGAAGAUGAUGAUGCUCCUGACAGAGAAGAGGAGAAUGGGGAAGAUGGAACUGACCUUCAAGAAUCUGUUGAUGAGUCAGCUUCUGUAAAUGAGGCUGUAGGACCUGAUCAUCAAACAGACAAGCUGUAAAGUAAUUACUGGUUCCAGGAACUUUUCCACCAGCAUUAGAAAUUUUGGCAUGUCAGAACGAAUAUGUACUGAAUUUAGAACAAGGAAAUAAGGAUGUAAUGUUUAUAUACAACUAGAGUAGAUUUUCAUGCAUAGUUUUCUAACUUUUCAAAUCAAAUUCUAUAAAGGCACACUCAACACUAACUGAUCUUAUGUUUCGAAUUUUGAAGAAGGUACUACGUAUCUUGUACUGUCAUUGCAUUCACGUUCAUUAAGUUAAUCUGUGUGAUCUGUGUGUAUAUAUACAGUAUUUUUUCUUAACAAAUUUCAACCUAUUAUUUUUAAACAGUUUGAAAAAAGCCAUUGGAAUGUUAAUGUAAUAUAAAGGGAACAGCUAAACUAGACCAAAGAAUGGUAUCUUCCACACCUCUCUUGCUUUGUUAUAUUUUGGUUUAUUUAAAGCCUGCUUGUAUUUCUCCUAAUUCUCUUAAUGCAUAAUCUGUUAAACACUGGUAUUUCCCCAGAAUUUCUAUGGCAGCUAUGUUUAACAAUAUUCUUCAUACUGAGAUGCAUGUGAGCAUACUGAAAGUUAAUUAGACAUGAUAGCAACGCACCUGCAAAAAAUUUUUAGAUUACUAGAAAGUGCUUUAAAAAAACCUCCUGUGGAUAUGUGCUAGUGCCUAUGCCUUGCACAACUGUAGCAAGAAAGUGUUCAGUUAAAUGAAGUCAUCAGACUUGUUUUGAUUGAAACAACAGAUCUUGAUAUAAGAUGUUAAUAUACAAAAAUGCUUAGUGUAAAAGAUCCUUGUAUACACUGCCAAGAUGUGAAUAUGCAAAAUGUACUGAAAGUGUAUAUAAGGGGAAAGCAAAUGCUACCCAAAUAGAAAAAGUGCUUCUAUACUUUUUAUACCUUACACAGACAUUGGUAAGGAGUUAACUUAGACUUCCACUGUAAUAUGUGAAUAGCAGUUUAAGCAUGAUUUCAAAUGUGCUGCCUGAGGGCUUUCCACUUUGGUUUGGAAACCCUAAUACCACUUGUUGGUACAGUUCUUUUAAGCAGCUUUAGAAUUUCCCCCCAUACUGCCUACAUGGGUAUUGCAAAUGUUUCCAGCUGCAGAUUGUUUGUUUUUUGUUUCCUAUUUCUACAUUAAAGAAGUUUUGCAUUUCUUUUGAAACCACUUUCAACUGUGUCCCAAAAGAGCUCCACCAGUCAUCAUUGAAGUGCAUUGCUUUAAUAUUUAUUCCAUUUUGAAAUAUGUAUAGUAGCUGUCCUUUUAAGCAAUUAAUACAUCUGUUUUUGUAACACAGCAUAACAAAGUGUUAAGAAUGGCCUUCUGUGUUCAUCUAAAAAUGUUGGCAUGUUUUCUCAUGGCCCAGGUUCUAAAUGGCAGAACUUAGUGGGCUUCACUAAAGAAUGCAAUAUGUUUCGCUUUGCUUGCAUGUCAAAAUGUAUUUGUGCUAUAGGAGAUAUUUUAAAUGGAAAGAUUUUGUUUUUAAAUUAUUUUUACAGUGUGGAUUGUUUUCUGCUUUUAUAUUGUAUAUAGUGUCUUUUAUGUAACCAACUGGCAAAUGUUUUGUAGAAGACGGUUUAAAAAAUGACUGGCUCUC